AUGUUUAACUUUUUUCUGUGUGAUACUACAAUACUAGAUGAACAGAAAAGGAGACUAGAGUUGAAUUUAAACAAAAUCUGGACGUAUUUGGACACAAAAGAAGUGGAAGAGACGGACAUUAUUAUUAAUACAAUGAUACUUCAUUUAAAACCACACUUGCUUCGAAUCAAGAAUGAUAAAACUAUAAAACAGGGUAAUAGAAAUGUAGGGUUAAAUCCAAAAUUGGGUUUAUUUAUGGAAGAAGAUAAUUUGAGAAAUGAAUGGUAUCAAAACAACGAAACAAGGUAUAUUGGAUUAUUUUAUUUUAUAUUAUCGAAACUACAACAUAAGGAUAUAUCUGGGAAUCUUUCUUGGAUAAUACCUGGAAUAUUGAAUUUUAUGGAUGAUACAGAUCAUUUAGAAGAAAUUAAACUACCAUCUAUACAGUUAUUUUACCAAUUGUUAAUAUGUUUUAAUAAGAAUAAUAAUACUAGUAGUGGUAGUAGUAGUAGUAGUACUUGUAAUAAUAGUAAUAAUAAAGGGUUGGGUAGAUGGAUACAGGUGCAAGAUACUGGUAUAUUCCCUUUAUUUGAACCAAUCUUAAAAAAUAUGUUAUUUUUCACACCACCUAGCUUUAAACCUGAGGAUACCUUAAGGAUUUGGUCAACAGUUUUCCCAACAUUAAUUAAAUUGUACCAAUUACAGACCAAUUCUUAUUCACCUACUAAGUUUGACAAAUAUCAAUAUAAUAGUAUGUUAGUACAAUUAGCUAAUGAAGUUAUUUUGCAACAUAGUAUACCAAGAUGUGAAGGUUUUAAGUAUGAAAAAUUAUUAUUGUUUGCUAUAAAUCAAUUAAUCACUAUAUUAAGAUUACUAGACGCAGCAAGUUUGAUUAUAUUUCAGAGGAUAAUAUAUGUAAUUGGUGAAACUAUGGUUAAAGAUCCUUUCUUUACAUUGUUUGAUUCUAUUGUAGAUAAAAUAAUAGAAUUUAUUAAAAUUUUGAUAGUGGAAUUAAUACCUAAGGAAAGGAUAGAGGCGCAUAGAUAUGAUAUAAUGGGUCUUAUUAUUAUGAUAACGAUCAAAUGUGAAACUGAAGGUAAAUUAGGCAAAGAUAGAUUGAAAUGUUUACAUGACUUAAUAAGACAAAUGGAGGUUAAAUCGGUGAAUGUUUCACAAAUAAAAGAUUAUUUAAUUAAAGAAGACUAUCAUAAAGAUAUUAUUAUUAAGCUAUUUACAUAUAAGGAUAUUUAA